GAAUUCAUUCGGUUCAAGACCCUUUUAGUAUUUGAAUUAAUAAUGUUUUGUUGCCUAAAGGGGUGUCUCAACGGGUUUAACCUGACACCAUCUGUUCCUAUUCGUAUCAAGGAGAAUCCCGUUCAGCUGGAUACUUUACACAUGGGACAUGAAGUGGUAGUGGUGAAAGGAGGGCAGCGAGUGUGUGGGUCGGGCUGCGCGCUGGGCAACGCACCGCUGGUGCAGAACAAGGCAUACUUUGAGGUGAAGCUGCAGCAGGGUGGCGUGUGGGCGGUGGGCCUGGCCACAAGGGACACUGACCUCAAUAAAGUACAUGGGGGAGUGGACAAAGAGUCGUGGUGCCUGAACAGCGACGGCACGGUGCGGCACGGGAACGAGGAGCUGUACCACCUGUCCCCGGCGCCGCGGGACUCGCCCACGGCCGAGCUGCUGGUGGCCACGGACGCGCCCGAGCCCGAGCCCCGCGACGACGCCAACCCCUUCGCCGUCAUGCCGCUCGAGGGCGACACCAUCGGACUCGCCUACGACCAUGUUGAGCUCAAUUUCUUCGUAAAUGGAAAAAACAUGGAGAUACCUGUUAGGAAUAUAAGGGGGACGAUUUAUCCCGCUUUAUAUGUUGACGACGGCGCGAUAUUGGACAUUAUACUGGACAACUUCUUGUACCCUCCCCCGACGGGAUACGAAAAAAUCAUGGUGGAGCAAUCCCUACUCUAACAGAAGAGACGAGGAAAGUGUGCAUGGACACUCGAGAGUGCGCGCGAGCGGUUCGCGACCCGCGCCCUCUAUACACGCUUACUGUACUGAAGUGUGUGGCGCUGUGCAGCGGCGUCUUUAUUUAACCUACAGCUCAACAGGAAAGGUACGCGCCAAAUAACAUUACCAUCAUGUACUGCUACCACGUUAGUAUAAACCUUAUUAAGCAGACCAAGCUUAGAGCCUAACUAGCGACUAGACAGAAUAUUUUAAUACAUACAUCGAUUGUAAAAAGUAAAUUAAACGUAAUC